AUCGGCCACUGGAUGCGCCGCGACCGCCACCCGCGCAGCCGUCUCUCUCUGCGCAGCUUCUCUGUCCUGCUCUCAGGCGCAGCACGGAUCUACAGGGACCAAGUCAAUGCCCUAUUAAAAGACUCUUUUAGCUGCAGUAUAAACCCAGUAUCAGACCUGCUAACUACUCGUAAUGACCACACAAUCUCAGAGUCUUUACCCAGUACACCAGAAACUAAUACGACAGAAACUGACACUUCAAGCGGAAAUGGGAAUAAUUCAGAAUCAACGCAAUUAAACACAGAUAUGGACGAAUUACCUUCGGAUGAUUUGUAUGAAACUAUCACUGAUGAGGAAUCUACGGUGUUUACAGUUACACCUAAUAGUAAUCAACACAUUUACUCGGAGGACCAUGACACCCCUGAAAAAACGAGAGACCAACUAAUCCAAACGUCGCUAACUCCACCCGAGGCCCCUUUUGACCCGAACCUCCCCUUCGCGUACAUCAUAGUACACGACAACUUUCACUCAAGGAUACCUAGCAAGAUAGUGUUUUCUAGCCUUUCUGAAAACGCGAGAUUCCUGCCAAUACAUAGACCAAGGAAUCCAGAAUAAAUAUUAACAGGCUAGUUUCCUACUAGUCAA